AUGGCAGAGGAUGAAGGCUCAGAGGACACCUUGAGGCUCCAGUUCAGGGCCAUGCAGGAGAUGCAGCACAGAAGGUUACAGAAACAGAUGGAGAAACGGAAGGAAAAAGAACUUAGCCUCCAAAGCAGAGUUGAUGACCAAAAAGAGCCCCUGGAGAUCUCUGAUGGCCUCAGCGUCCUCCAAGCCGGGGAGCAGAACUCAAAAACCAGCUUUGAGCAGAGGAUGCUUGAAGACGAGAUCGAACGGCUUCGGGAUCAACUCAGGGAAACAGUGGAUGAGAACGGGCGAUUGUAUAAGUUGCUGAAGGAGAGGGACUUUGAAAUCAAACACCUCAAAAAGAAAAUAGAAGAGGACAGAUUUGCCUUCACAGGGACGGCUGGUAUGGCUGGGGAUGUGACUGCCACCAAGAUCGUUGAGCUGUCCAAAAAGAACCGGGUGCUGAUGGCAGAGUCCGAGGGUGCGAAGACCAGAGUGAGGCAGCUGAGCAACCGCAUCCAGGAGCUGGAGCAAGAGCUGCAGAUGGCCCUGGCCAGGCUGCCAGCCAAGGGAGCCACCAACGCAGGAGCCAAGCUGCCGAAGGCCCAGGUAGGAGACAGAGCCUUGCAGGACAGCCCAGAGGUGAAGGUCUUGCAGGACAGGCUGGCGGCCACAAACCUGAAGAUGAGUGACCUCCGCAACCAGAUCCAGGCUGUGAAGCAGGAGCUCCGGAUGGCCCAUAAGGUUUUAACCAGUGAGGUUGGGGAAGAUGUGAAUAUCCAGCAGCUCCUGUCCUCGCCUGGGACGUGGAGGGGUCGAGCUCAACAAAUUCUCAUCUUGCAGAGCAAGGUUCGAGAGCUUGAGAAACAGCUGGGACAGACUCAGAGCCGGCCGGUAGAAACAGCCAGUGAUGGGCUGUCUGUCUAUCCCAAUCCAAGGAAGCUGUCGGCACAGGAGAAAAAUCUGCUGAGGAUCCACAACCUGGAGAGGGAAAAACAGGAAAGCUGGGAGAAACUUGAAGCGGAACGGGAUGCCCUCCAGAGAGAGCUCGAAGAGCUGAAAAAGAAGUUUGAGGGCGUGAGGUCCCGGAAUAAGGUGCUCUCAAGCGAAGUGAAGAUCCUCAGGAGUCAGAUGGGGACCCUCAUGGAGAAGGGCCGGCAUGACGACGAGCUCAUCAACGCCCUCGUGGACCAGCUGAAGCAGCUACAGGAGAUUCUGGGCAGCCUGCAUUUGCAGGAGGAGAAGAUGCGAGUGUCCCAGCACCACUUGGACCAGCAGCUCAACAGUGAGGCUCAGCAGAGCAUCAGCCUCGUGGCCCAGCUGCGGGCCACGGUGGCUGAGCGGGAGGCCAAGGUGCAGCAGCUGGAGGUGAAGAUCGAGCAACUCAGUAUGCAGUAUCUUCGGAAUAAAGGAGUAGGCGAGGGGUCCAGUGGGCCCGAGGUCAACCCGGCCUCUGCCAAGUUCCCCGAGGACCCGGGCCUGACCAAUUCCCCGGCCUCAGCAGGUGAUCACGCUGGCAGGCUUGGAUCUUCUUGCUCCGUGACCAGCCUGGGCCACACACUGGUGGAACCUGCUCUCACAUGGCCUUCCCUGCACAGUCCUCACAGGCCCUCACCCAGGUUCUCGGACUCCCCAGAACAAAAAGCCUGGCAGACACAGGUGACAGAGUUCAAAGCCCUGUGGCAGGCCGCUGAGGUGGAGCGUGACCGGCUCGCCGAGUUUGCCACCAUUCUGCAGAAACGGGUGGAGGAGGGCAACAGCAAGCUUCUGGAGUCAGAGAGGAAGCUGCAGGAGGAGCGGCACCGCACCGUGGUGCUGGAGCAGCACCUGGAGAAGAUGCGCCUGGAGACUGGGAGGACGUCAGCUUCUCGGAGAGCAGCCCCCAGGAGCAGAACAGGUGUGCCCACCUCUAACACCAGGCACAACCCAAAGAAGAGUGAGAGGAAGGACCCAUCUUCUGCCCAGACCUCCAGUGUGCCCUUGGAAUCCCAGAUGGAGGAGCUGACCACCAGGCUGGCCAUCCAGGUGGAGGAGAACAAAAUGCUGAAGGCUUCCCUAGGCAGUGCCCUCCAGGGAAAGAAGGAGGACUUCCGAAUGUACCAUGAGACCCUGGGCCAGGUGAAAGGGAUCUUCCUGCAGGCCCUGCGGCAGCAGAAGGCGGACAAGCACUAG